AUGCCUCAAUUCCUCUGGAUCAAACAGAAUCCAAAAUUUUUUGUAUUGUCGCCAGUGCCCUACACACUUAGAUGGGAAACCUUAGCGGGGAAGGUGCUGUGUGAAGAGGCGUUCGCCUCUCCCCCUGCACCAUCGGAGUCUGGUUCAAACUGGUCGUCUGAGACGUCCAAUAUGGACUCAUCGCUCUCCUCCUCAAUGUCGCUGAGUUCAGACUCAGACAAAUCAAACUGGGCUUUCGACUGCUUCUAUUGUCAAGCCGAUUUUGCCCAACUAGUGGCUCUUUUGCGCAAUGGUAUUUGUGUGCCAUCCGUGACAGCAGGAAAGCUGUCUGUCAAAUCUGUUUUUGGAGGAGUGUUUAGACUUGGCCGUAGCUUUAUGGCCUUGUGGGACAGGUGCCUGCAUAGGUGCAGUCGAAAUGACCGUCUGCUGAGCAGAUUGUUGUGCUUGCAAAUGGGCCUGAGAGAUGGUUUGCGACAAAGAGGUAGACAUCAUGCCCAUAGCAGAAAUCAGAGCCUGCGUCGUAGAUCUGGACAAUAAGGCGUCCAAAAGCACCUACAUGUCUGCAUAUGCAGGAAAAUCAGGAUAGAAAACCAGGGAAGGGUGUCAUCAUGGGGAACCUGAGGUGUCUCAUUUGAUCCACAGGCCAUGGGCAAAUCCCUGUCAGACUGAAUGAUAAGUACAGUAUAGUAAACCUAAAUAUAGGGUUUAUUAACCCACAAGGGAAGGAAAUGUUGAAAAAGUAAACUCACAGUUAUAGAAAUAACCCAGAGAGAGGAAAAAGAGCCAUGUGUUCGCCAAAACUGCUAAACGCCAACAAGGUUUAGACAGGAAGAGGCAAGGCUAUGGGGUAAAAGGGCACGAAAUUUCACCAAACUGUGGAUUUUCGUGUAACGAACGUAAAUGAAAAGUCAUUCGCAUCAAAAUCCUGUUAAAGUAUUAUAGAUGAAACAAACUACCAAAAGUACCGAACUGGGUGAAUGUGCAAUUCGCGGGUGGGGAAAAAAAAACAUGCGAAUAGAGGCAAACAACUGAACGGCUAAAAAUGCUGAAUGAUCGUUCGCGGCAUUGAAAAUAUAACAAAAAUCGUGAAUGGUGAAAACUACUGAAUGAUGCGCAUGCGCGAAUCGCAUCUUACUAGAAAUGGGCGCGAAAGAAAAAAAAUGACCGUUAGUAAGAAUAAAAGGGACAAAUAAAAUAUAAAACUGAAUAAUUAAAGGAGAACCCCUGUUCCAGUUACUGGGAAGAUUGACCUCUUAUUAUAUAUAUAUAUAUAUAUAUAUAUAUAUAUAUUACACACACACACACACUGUUUGUUGAUUUUUUUAAUGUUUAUAUUUCUUUGCUGCAUAAUAGGAGCCUCCGUGUCUUAGUAAAAUCUUGUUUUUGUCAGAAUGUUUGCACAUGUAAAGGGGCAAAGGCUGAAGCUUUUAUUUCAGUGCUGAUCAUUUCUACUGAUACGACUCUUGCUCAGAAUCUUGUCAGUGUGUGAAUUAAAGUGAGUUGCAGCUUUUCAUUCAUACUGCGUGUUUAUUUGAGAUGACGUCCUUAUUUUAAUACCUUAUGAGAUUUGAUACACAAGGUGAUUGCCCAGCCUACAUAAUCACAGCCCAUUCCAAAGGCUGAAUGUAAACCUUCAUCUCGUAACUUCUGAGAAAGAAUAGGCAGCUUUUUAGUUGCAAUGAUUUUAUGAAAGACACAGUGUGCAGUUAGUAGAUGUUGUUGUUUUGGUACUUGACUACCCAUAUCCACUAACAGAAAUGCAAAGAGCUGUGCCUCGACAGACUCCUACGUCAGAGGUGUUCACCCAGGGUGAGGGUGCCUCAAACCUUCUCAAACUGAGCCACACAAAGUUUUAAAGGAACAAUAAACACCAAAACCACCUCUGUAUAUUUGCUAAAACUCGUGAUGAUGGAAACUCUCUAAGCACCGUAAUCAUAGCAGCUCCGGCAGAGAGUUUCCAACUCUUCGAGGCAGGGAUUAGUACCCCACAUAAGCAGUUUAACGGUUUGACUAAUAUUACACUGGUGAGGGAAGUUGGCAAGGACACUCCUGGCUCCAUAACUGCUAUUGUGAACUGUAGUGAUUAUGGUACUUAGAAUAUUCUGUUAAUCCUUAAUUAAACUGAGUCCUUUUCACCUGUCAAUUAAAAUAGGUUUAAAAAAGUAACAACUGUUAAAACAUCUACUCUGUUCAUACGAAAUUAAUCCAAUUUCAAGUUGACUGUUUUUCUCAUUUUUGGGGGCAAUGUAGUUUUAAACAAACGUGUUGGUACAAGCAAGAUACUAAACUAAAACCUAUGUUACAGAUCCACAGAUCUUCUUGGAACCUUCCACGACUCCAUUAAAAGAAGGCGAUCCGGAAGGGAUUGUGGCCGAAUGUAUUGCUAUAGCGAAUCCUGCGCCAAUUAUCAAAUGGAACACAGGAGAUUUCACACAUAAUAUAGAUAGCAUUGUAGAACAGCAUGAAAAUUUAAGUGUGACGGUAGUGAGCAAGUUGAAAAUGAAACCGCUACGAGAUCUCUAUGGUCAGAACUUUACUUGUGUGGUUACUCAGAUGCAAACUGAAUGGAAGCAGGAGAAAUCGGUAACCAUAUGGAAUAUCCAUUGUGAGUAUGGCACAGAAUUCCUACUUUUGUAGUGGAGCCAGAAUUUAAAUUGUGCUAUACAGCAAUCCGUAAAAUGUUACUAAGAUAGAAAACUGAUCCACCAAUCUAGGCAAAUAGCUCAUAAAUCCACAUACGGUACAGUUGUAGGUCAGAUUUCUAUUAUGACAGAUAUCUGCGGCAGAAAAUGUCCAUUAAAUGUGAGGUUUUAAUUGGUUUGAAUGCAUUGUUUUUGUACAUUUUAAUUCUUUAUCUAUACAAUAUAUACAAGAAAAAAGCUAGAUGAAUCCCAGUUAAUAUAAAGGUCAGGGUCCUUAGUGCUAUAUAUUCUGUACAGUGUCUUAUUUUCCUAAUACAUUCGUGGAUAACCUCAGCAUCUCUGAUUAAAUGACACUCCAAGGACCAUAACCACUUUCUCUGUAUUGGCCAUGUUGCCGGGGGUAUCCUGGCACUCCCUCAUUAUAGAGAGUCAACCCAUUUCUGAACAGUUUGACUUCUUACCUGAAUCCACUGGGUGCCGCUCCCUGUCUCCACUACCAACACCAGAGAGCUGGAAGUUCCUAAGCGGUGCAAUGCAGGGUUUAGCUCUAUAUCUGCUUAGGAAUUUCCUGCUCUCCAGAGUUUGUAGCGGAAAUGGGGAGCAGUGCCUGGGAGACCUGUGGUUAGAAGUCAAACCGUGCCUAAAUGAAUUGACUGCACGCAAAAGGUUGACGCCAGUGUACUCCUGGCACCAUAACAACUAAGGCGAGCAGUAGAGGUUAUGAUGCUAACCUCUACUUAGCAUCUUGCCUGGUCUUGUUGAUUCUGAGCAUCAUUGUGGAAACUUAUAAUUUUAAUAUAUUUCUACUAUGUUUCUUUUAAGAAACUUGUGCACUUUAAAUUAUAUCUCUUCUCAUGUCAACACAAUAAAUGGCGUUUUUGUCCUCUGUUCACAAUGUAUCAUUUUAAUGCUUGGGUCUUGCCUCCCACCCCACUAUUUUUUUGUUUGUUUUUGUUUAAGUUGCCCCUUAUGAUGUACGUCUUCUUGUGGACUCCAGUAAGGGAAACCAUCUGGAAUUUUCCUGUCAAUACCAUUGCAAUCCUGUGCCUCUUAAUUUUACUUGGAAAAGGUAAGGUUUCAGAAUUUCUUUGAAGAUUGACCAUAGAAGCACUGUUUAUUUAUGGAUAUAUUAGAAUAUUAUAUAUUGAAUUUCUUUAUCCCCAUGAAUACGAUUUCUACAAGGAAUACAACUGGGCAUAUCUCUUUGAUGUGUAAUGUGCACACACCUCCAAUUAAUUGCUGUCUUAAAGGGACACUAUAACCAGACCAUUAAAGCUUAUUUGGGAGCUGUACCUGAUGCUCUACCACAGUCAAAACAAACAUGUCUCCAGGCAUAGUGAAAAGGUUACAGAGCUCAGGAAAAAUAUUCUGAAUGGAUCUGCUGGUAUAUUCAAAAUGUAAUUGUGUGUGUACUUGUGUUUUGCGCAUUGUGUCUGUGUAUUGUUUAUGAAAAAAGAAACACUUGUGAUUUAUUUCAUGUAAUCUUAUUGCUGUGUGGCUGUCCUAACGCUAUAGGCAUUAGGAGAGAGUACUCUAAUUGCUAACAUUGUCAUCCUGAGCAUUAGGAGCAGGUCGCAAUUUCCAUUAUUACAUUUUACGAUCCUUUUAACAUUUGUAAAGUUCCAGUGAAGAUAACAUUCUGUUUGUGUUUUACAGGGAGAGUGACUCGGGCAUAGAAUAUAUAAAAGCGACUAACCACUUGACUGUACCGGACAACAUGAAUAAAGUUCUGUAUGUUUGUGAAGUGAGAAACUCACUGGGCAGCAUGUCGGGAAGUACCUACAUCUAUUCAAAGAAAGGUAGCUUUAAAUUCGCCAUGUCCAUGAAUAAUAUGUUACUGUUGGUUUUUAGAACAUGACUUGGCCUAGAGCCAGGUCGGAAUAGCUUUAUUUAUUGCCCUGGGUGUUUUACAUCUGAGCCAUUGUGUGCAUUGCUGUUACAAGCUUAAUAAGCUUUCAAAAUCAGAGAUUGUUACUGUGAAUAUUUGUUGUUAAUGUGUAUAUUAUAAUAAAUACAAAGUAGAUUUUCACCCAUAAUCACCCCAAAAAAAGCAGACAGUUAACUUUAAAAAAAAAAAAGAAACUUGAUUUUCUGCUUGUUUUGACAGGGCCCGGUUCACCUCCCGUUCCAGUAUGUCUUACUUGUUUUGUUAGAAUUAAAUGUUUGUCUUGCUUCCUGUUGUACAGCGCUGCAGAAUAUGUUGCCGCCAUAUAAAUAAUUGUAAUUACCUCGGCUGAGUUGGCAGCAAUGUGCUUCAAUCUUCUUCAACAACUGAACAUGGGUUGGUGGAUUUUCUAUCCCCUAAAUCACUGUGAAUGUGGAACCCAGAUAGCUGUGACUAGCGUAUUCUUUAAGUAGACCAAGCUCCCCCAUAUUUGAAACCGAUACCCUCAUAUGGUACCCCCUUAAAUAAAAACAUGUGUUAAACCUCCCUAUUAACCUGAAAGUACUUGGCAAGUGUCCCUAUCUCUUACUUUACUCUGUGUGGUGCAAGGUGAGGGGUUUAUGGUAAUAGGGGGAUUCAUUCAUUUUAGAAAUUUGAGUCCCCUGAGACUUCUUUUAAAAAUGUUCAUCCUGUCAGUGAGAAAAGUUGGCUUUGUCAUUUACAGCUUGUAUUUCAACUGGUGCUUCCUCUCCCAGCACCUGCAUUUUUAUUCACUGAACUCGAAUACUCCAGGACAGUGGUUUCCAACCCAGUCCUCAAGGCACGCCUACCAGUCCAGGAUUUAGGGAUUAUCCAAUUGCGUUUAAGGUGUUUUUAGAAAGGGAAAAAUAAACACCUUAACACAACUGGGUUUGGAAACUACCACCAUAGGGGGGUUGCUAAUUUUAUACCAAAAUCUAUAUAUUAAAUGUUCUACAUUGGUUUUGUUUCCACAAUUUUGAGAUAAAGUUCCCAGCAAUUCACAGUUUGUCAAAAACAACAUAUAGAUAAUUGUAGGAGUGAUUGUAUGUUCCUCCUACCUUUUCUUUUUAUAUACUUUGUGGUUCUUAUUCACAAUUAUAAUGUUUUUUUUUUUUUUUUUAUGUUUUUGUGUUUUUUCCUUUGUUUUCUAGCCCCUAUUAGUGCGUUCUGGUACGUUUGCCUGGUUUUGUUGAUUCUGAGCCUCAUUGUGAUUGCUGUUCUCUUCCUUUACUAUCGGAAGAGUCGCAAGUCGGCAAGGUAUAGUACUAUUCUGCAUACAUAUCUGUCUACAGGUUGAUACCAGUUUAUUUACCGAUGGAUUUUUGUCUUAAAAUGUACUUUUCAGAUCAAUUUAUUGAAUAAACAAAAAAAUAAAAUCACUGUAAAAUCUCUCUUGUAAUGUACAGUUGGACUACAACGCGGAAUGUGAGUGAGUCCAUGUAUAUUUCUCAAAUCAGUUCAAUUCUGCAUGCUGUAGACACUGUUAGUGAACUUUUGAUUGCCGAACGACAGUGGUGUUUUGUUUUCAUUCUACCCUCAACACAUCCUAUUCUAUAGAAAUUUGCCAAAUGCCUUCAGUUACAAGACACCCUGAGAUAGAGUGGAAGGUAUUCUCCACACCAUAACCUUUAUAAUGUUGCACAACUGUUAUGGUAGUUAGAGUGACUGAAAAAUGUCUAUCAUUAGUUAUUGAGGGAAAAUAGACCAGGAAAAUCCUAAUUUUUGGCCUUUAUAGUAAAGUCUGAUAAAUUCUUUGAGUUGGAGAGAGGACCUGCCGGAAGCAGAAGAUAGCGUGUGCCCAAUGCCGCCCUCUCUACAAUGUGAGUGUCACCCAGGACGCUCCACAUACCGAUAAUUGCCAAAAUGAGGACUGUCAGCCAAUAGUAUCGGGCAAACGGAUAAUCGGUCCGACCUUAAUAUUUAUAAAUUAAUAUUUCAGUGUUUGCAGAUGACACAAAACUCUGUAAAGUAAUACAAUAUGAGCGGGAUAUUGCUACACUGUAGAGGGUUUUAGUUAGAUUGGGGGACUGGGCACUUAAAUGGCAGAUGAAAUUUAAUGUAGAUGCAUUUGGGGUAAAGAAUGCACAAUCAACUUACACCCUAAACUGUAGCGAAUUAGGGAUAACACAUGAGAAGAAUUUGGGAAUUGUGCUAGACCACAAACUAGGAAACAGUGUACAAUGUCAAUCAGCAGUUGCUAAAGCCAGUAAAGUAUGUUCAUGUAUAAAUAGGGGCAUUCAUUCUCAGGAUAAAAAAAUUAUUGUGCCUCUUUACAAAUCAAUGGUAAGACAACACCUGUAUUAAUUGUUGGGCAGCAGUUCUAAAGAAGGAUAUUAUGGCACUAGAAAACAUGCAGAGGCGGGCUACAAAAUUAAUAGACGGAAUGGAAGAUUUUAGUUGUGAAGAAAGGUUAACACAUUUAAAUCUAUUUCAUUUAGAAAAACUGCACCCUAGAGGGGAUAUGAUAGCAUUUUACAAAUAUAUGUAGGACCAAUACAAACUAUUGUCUGUAAAUCUAUUCAUAGACAGGACUGUAUGUAGGACACAAGCUCACACAUUUAGACUGGAAGAAAAGUUUUUUUUUUUACAGGAAGAACAAUAAGGAUGUAGACAAGGCCGGUGAAAGCAUUUUUGGCGCUCUAGGCGAAAACAAAUUUGCCGCCCUAUUUGCUUCACCCAAUCAUGCAGACUAACACACACGCUGACUCAAGUAGACACACACUGACCAUGCAAACUGACACACACGCACUAACCCAUGUAGACUGACGCACACAGACUCAUAAACACACACUGACCCAUACAUACAGACACACCUAUACAGACACACUGACCCAUACAGACACACACACUGACCAAAACAUACAUACAUGAAGCAGACUAACACACAUUCUCUGACAUUCCUUACCUGCAUUACUGUUCACUCCCUGCGCCUGGCUGCCCUUUCUCUGCACAUUAUGCUCCCGCCCACUUCUCCCCACAUCCAGCGGAAGGGACAGGAGCAAGGAAGUGAAGCGCCCGCGCGCUGCCGCAAUGCAUGCCUGGGAGGGGGGACCUGGCUGAGCGGGCGCUAGUGAGCAACAAUGUAAGUGCUUCCGAGCGGGCCGGCGCCCCCCUCCCCCCUUAAGCAGCGCCCUAGGCGGCCGCCUAGUUUCCCUAUACGGAGCACCGGCCCUGGAUGUAGAAUCUUCUGCUGCAAAAACAUAAUAUUUAGGGAUAUAAUUUUUCAUUUGUAGGGUAACAGCUUCUUCUUGAUCCAAGGAGAUAUCAGACUGCCAUUCUGGGUUCACAAAAGGAUUUUUUUCCUAGUUUGUUGCAAAAUUAUCAAAAACAUUUUUUUGGCCUUCUUUUGGAUCAACCGCAAAAACAGAAAUGAGGCUGAACUUGAUUGGUGCCUGUCUCUAUUCAGCCUAUGUAACUAUGUAAAAUGACAUCAUAUUUUGACAAAUGUAUUUUAAUAUAUUUAUUAAAUUGUAUCCAGAAAUAUGAAAUAAUUUGAAAAGCGUAUCCUCCAAAAAAUUAAAUCCAGGCCUAUGUGUAACACAUGAUCUGUUUUUACAAAUUUAUUUAUUUUUUCCUUUUCUAUCAUUUGCAGAUCAGCCAAUGGCCUGUGGUGA